UCAAACUGCAAAUAAAGUAACUACAGCACAGAAAAUUAUUAAAUUAAACUAAAUUAGAAAAAAAUGUGAAAAGUGUAUUUGUUGUUUUAAUUGAAAAGCAAAACAUUUCGAUAAUGGCGUUUUUGUGUCCCGUGCGCAUGCGGCGUGAUAAAAAGAAAGCCACCAACGCCAAUAUAGAACGUGAUUUACCCAUUCCUGGUGUUGGCUUAGGCCGCAUAACCGGUUCGUCCAGCAUCGAGACAUUAGUACGCGUUGGCAUUGAGAAGGAGCACGGUCUCAGUCCAGACUCAAAAAUGGUUGUUUUGCACGACUUUACUCCCUGUGUGGAUGAUGAACUUGAAGUGAAGCGUGGCCAAAUAGUCAACAUUUUAUAUCGUGAGAACGACUGGGUUUACGUAAUUGGUCAGGACACGCGACAGGAAGGCUUCAUACCAUACUCAUACUGUGCGCCGUACAAUACACAACUGGCAGAUCUUGCUAUUAAGAAAAAACUACCACGCGAUCAAAAUGUCAACGUACAAGAGCAUAAUCAGGAGAAUAUGCCACUUUUGGGCGCCGAGAGUAAGAUGGAAUUAAUUGACGAUGUAAGUGCUGUCAACGCCGUCGUAAAUGGUAGUAAUAGUGGUGUUGUGUCUAGCUGUGGUGGCGCCAACGCUAAUGCAGGAACUAUUGGUGCACCACCAAAAAAUUCCGAAGUGAAUCUAUUGCUAGAACCGGAGUGCACACCAUUCCAUAAAGAACCCAGCGGCCGUUAUAUUGUGCUCUAUACAUUCAUAGCACGCGAUGAAAAUGAUUUAUCUGUGGAACGUGGCGAAUUUGUUACAGUUUUGAAUCGUGAAGAUCCCGAUUGGUUUUGGAUUGUGCGCAGUGAUGGCCAAGAAGGUUUCAUACCGUCCGCUUUUGUCUUUCCAGCGGAAAGUGUGCUGCAAACACAACAGAAAAUGUUGAAUGUCUGCGGCACAGUACAAGAUACGGCUGCUUUGAUUGGUGGCGCCAACAACAAUAACAAUGCCGUACACAAAUCACAAACGCAAUUAAAUUUAGAGCUUACUGCGGCCAAUUUGAAUAGCAAUUUAACAUCGUUGGAUCAAACGCUAACCACAUCGGCAGCACAACUGGAUGCAACAUGCAUUAGUAACUUGCAACAACAAAAUGCAGCACAGCAUCAGCAGCAGCAACAGCAAAUUGGUGGCAUUAGCGCAGAUGAUCUGCGUUACCAUGGCACUGAGCUGGUGAUGCUUUACGAUUAUAAGGCGCAAGCGCCAGAUGAUUUGAAUGUACGCAGAGGCGACUGGAUUUAUGCAGAUCUAAAUAAUCAAACGGUGGAUGGUUGGCUGUGGGCCUACGCUCCAAAAACGAGGAAAUAUGGUUUUAUACCGAAGGCAUACGCACGACCACCGGCCAUGACUAGCCUUUAAAAUUAUCCAAAAAUUUGUCAAUUACUGUCUUCCGCUUGCCUACAAUAAAUGCCUUAAAACUAGUAUAAGUAAAUUAAAGCAAACACGCCACUUUCUGCGGUUUAGUUAUUAUUUUAUUGUUUCUAAGUAUCUAAGGAAAGCAAGUGUAUUUUAAUUGAAAACAUUAUUAUUGCAUUUAACAUUUAUAGCUCUUUAGCAAAAUCACGCUAAUAAACGAUGUUAAAAUAAGGAAAAUAAUCGAA